AUGAAGUGCAGCGGGGAGAUCACUGUCGACAAAAGGGCCGUGUACAUGGGCUUAAUGCUCUGUACUCUGGCGUACCCACUUGCCGCACUUACGAUUAUUGUUCGAGAGGAGAACUGGUACGAUGAUGAGGGAAACCUUCUUUCUCAUCCGCUUCCGCAAGUCACUUGCCCAAUUGAAGGGGCUGAAGGAGACCCAGAUUGCGCACCGAGUCCUCUUGCUUACGCAAACCUAGACUCUCUAAUCUGGGUGUUUGUAGUGAACGAGUUCAUUAUGCAUUUCACGUAUGUGCUAUAUGUGAAACUGUGGGCAACAGGAGGUAUGAUUCUCAGCUUUCAGCGCGAAUUUCUGUCCAUAAUUGCUUUCUUGGCUCCGGAGUUAACUCUGAACUCGGUUUUCUACUACGUCCAAACUAUGCCAGUGGUUCGGGAGUGGUUUCCUGGACUGAAGCACUUCAAUUACCCGCUCCUCGUCUCCUUUUUCUUGGGGGCGACUGUGUCGAUGCUCUAUGGCGUUGGGACUUCCCAAACGACAGACCAGUUUCGACGGACAGUGACCCUUGCCGGACCUGGACUGAUGUUUCUUUUCGUCGACUGGUUCAGCCGAUCUGUCUUUUUGCCCUUCUUUGAGUUGAUGCAGACUACGUUGACGGAUUUGGAAGUCGGGAACUUUGUUCUUGCCAUCUUUGAGUUAAUUCUCACGAACGUGUACGGUUCACUCUUCUUGCCGGCGACCCAGAAACUCUGCGUCGCUCUGGCGCGUUUCUUCUACAACGUCUCUUACCGCGUCGACUCGAAAGUGACUCUCUACGACUAUGUUAACCUGCAGGGGAACGAUCCCCGCCUUUCGCCGAGAGACCCUAUGUCGAAGAGAACGACUCUGAUCAGUCCGAGCGACAUUGGCACUUUCGACCCGGGUCUCCACCACAGCAGCAUCACCAUCGGCCGCAAGCGGAGUUCUGCGCGAACAAGCGUUUCAGCUGCGGCAGCCGAGAUUCAAAAAUUGGAACGUGAGCGGACGACCACCGUGGCAACCGUGGUGUACGAGGAGACAGCUGUCCUUGAGCUGCGAAACGACCCAUCUUUGCGUGCAACUCCUCCUUCGUUCCGAAGUGAAUCGAGCCUUCAAAAUGGUUUAGAAGAAACCCUCACAGUGGUAGAAACCUACGCACACCUCGACAGUGAACAGACUGCCUAUCAGCCGGGUAACCUGAGUCGAUCUGCUUCGUGUACACACCGUCCUGCCUCUCGCGAAACUGUGGAAGAUCUUCAGACUGGAGAAAGAGAAACACAUUUGGUACAUCCGUGUAGCAACACUUCACAGACCGAAGGCGACGGAGAGGCGCAGAGCGUCGCGAAACCUUUGUCUGACCGUAAUGGCGACCCCCACAGAAGACAGGUAACCUCAGAACGCAGCAGAAACGACGAACAGUUUGCUACGGAGUUGACGCCGAAUCGAAAGGACAGCUUCGGAUCCAGCGAGAAAAAAAGCGAGUCGUUCGUGGGGUCCUGCUGUGCUCGUGAAGCAGAGGACGACUGGGCGUCGAAAGCCAGUAACAGCUUCACGCGUCUCGUGGCCGCAGCGACAGUGGACAAGGAUAUGGCGAACACAGUAGGCAUGGACGGUGUUAAUGAAGGGCGGAUGUCUGGAGUGAAGGCUGCAGCAGAAACCCAGCGAUUUCGAAACAACGUGUACAUUCCGUACCGAAAGGGCUUUGGCAGCGACGCCGUCGAGUUUGAAAAGAUUACCACUUGGUUCAACUUGAUCUGGGAUAGCUGGCGGUUUCUCCUGCUGCGGGCAGUCAUGGUCAAGACCUCGAACGUGAUCAUCUUCUUCAUUAUGAUUUUCAAGGAUUUUAUCUACUCCAUUUGGCACUUUUGCGUCCGCUACAACGAGUCGUGCAUGCUCUUCUUUCUGGAGCUGCGCUCCGUCGAUACCCCGAAGAAUCGAAGAAUCUUGUCCAUCCUUCACUGGUUCCAGGUCAUCAUCGUGCGGCCCUUCCUGGCGCCGAAGUCGCUUACCCGCGUGGUCUGGCGAUCGCAGCUCCUCUUCGGUUUGAACAAGCAACGCGCCGAGAGCCGAAUGAGAAGUGCAGCCUGUCGGGCGCACAGUCGUGUGAGGGAAAUCGGCAUCCGCACUCUCAGCAACAUCAACGACAACGCGCCGUGGGAUGCGGAGAACACAGGCACGCCAAAGAAGGCCAUUCGCGGCUUCGGCAUCCUCUUGGGGAACUUCUGGAAAGAACUCGGUCACGACAUCGCGGCGCACUUCCGAGAGGAAUUCAAAGGCAUGCUGCAGUACUUUUCGGACCGCGCCCACAACUCCCGCUACGUCCGCCCGUUCCGGAAGAGAGAGUCGUCGGUCAAAAGUACGGCUGAAGCCGAAGAGUGCGAUGUCGAGUACCACUACGCCACGGAGGUCGUUAUCAUUCGAAAUGUACCUGUAACUGUCACGGAACAUUCAAAGCGAAGUUCCAGCCUGUUCAGCCGGUCGUUCCACGGGUCAGAGUCUGGAACUGAGUCGAUCCUCUCUGCCUCAGACUCGCACAUGCCCACCAGGAAAAAGAAACGCAGAUCCAGCACUCUCAAACUCGGUGACAUUUUCCGCAGCCGCAAGGAUUCGGCCUUCCGCACGAUGCAUGCAGCCUGGCUUUCUCAGGUUGUCGAGGAAGUCCAGUCUCUCAUCUACAACCGCACGUGGCCCAGGCUCCUCCAAAAGUUCAUGUCUUCCAUUUCCCUCGUCGUCAGCGACGUUAUUGCAGAAAACACCAAAGUCGGCCUGCUCCCGGCUUACCAAACUUUCGGGCUUUUCCGUACCUACGAUGGUCGAGUUCGCCUGUUUCUGAUGUUCGCCUUCGACUUCAUCGAAGUUUGUACGGUGUACAAGGUCCAGACGAUCAGCCGCUUCUACGCGAGUCUGAAAGACGGGUUCAACAACCACCACGAUGGCCCUCUCGUCAUGCUUUGCACCAUUAACUGCGCAGGCAUUCUGCUCUACUUUGGUCUCCUUCGUUACGUCCGCUUCGCCAACAUCAAUGGAAACAAGCUCGUUCUGCCAGAUAACUGCCAACACGAAAUGCUCAACCAGCUAAACCUUGAAAAGUAGACACUUUGGCCACGCGUGGUGAACACAGAGUCCUGCCCACUCCGCCCGGUCCUCAAUCUCGAGCGUUUGCGAACCACCAAAGCUUUUCGUUCACCCUUCGCAUCUGGCCAAAACUCCCGAUGAUUGACAGUGACAUCUUGCCCGCGGUAACUCCCUCACCCUUGGGUACCACUCCGUCUUCCCGGUGGCUAGAGGAACUGCACCCGUUCUACGUCACGUUUCAACAUGUCUUCACUCGACAAUCCAUCCCGCACGCGUUUGUCUGCGAAACCCGCAUUGCUUCAUCGACACUUCAUCAUUGUGUUAUCCAGCUGCUUCUCCUGUCAGUUCGUAAAUCUGUCAUUACUUCUCCACAGAAUGGAGAAACUGGAGUAGUGUCUUCCCAGACCAAAGCCCACUGAAAAACAAGGGGCAAGAACGGAUUGGUAGUAGCUCCGCCGUCGUCUCUGCAUAGACCCAGGUCAUUUUUUAAUUGGUGAGCCUACC